AUUCAGUCAGCAAUCCUUCAACUAAACAUCACCCCCACAACUUCUUCUCGUUUCAUUACUAUGAGCAUUUAUUUUGGUCUCUGCAGGGAUUCAUCUUUGCAAGAUGAUUUGCCAAGCUUGCGAGAACUUGACUGUCGAUCGAUUAUACAGUCGAGGAUGCGAACACGAUCCGAAAACAUCAGAAUGGAAGCAAGCAGGCUAUCUCAUCCUGCAUCAUUCUUAUGAAGCCCUCGAGGCCGCCGCUGCAGAUGGAUGCGAGAAUUGUCAGACCUUUCACUCGCGCUUCAUCGACGCAUGUGGCGAUCUUCAAGCUUUGCGGAGGAGGAUGAAACUUCUGUCCGAGUCUCAAGACGAUUCGCGCCCGAUAAUUGCUUGGAUGCACACGGAACCUGAUGGCGGUGACAAACACAAACGUAUGGUUCAUCAUCUUUAUCUUCAAGUUGGCAGUGAACCAUGGAAACCCGGUGUUGACCAUUUGAACAUUGCAUUUCGGAUUUGUGCACCACGAGCAUAUUCGAAAGAUAACCACCCUCACGAGUUCCGCUUUCGUUUCAUUUAUGUUGACAAAGACCUUGGGUCUGAUGAGAACUUCCAAGUUGUUCGGGACUGGAUUCAUGACUGCUGUAUAAAUCACAAGGAAACUUGCCCGCUUAUUACGGACAACGAACUUCCCACGAGGCUUAUUGAUGUUGGUCCGGCGGAUGGAUCGGAAGAGCCGAGGUUGAUGCAGCCCUCAAAAGGUGAGAAAGGACGAUAUCUCUCCCUAUCACAUUGCUGGGGUAUCAGCACUAUCAAGGAAAGAUUGACCACCACGCUGGCCACUCUUGGUCUUCGCCUUAAAUCAAUUCCGAUGUCUCUCAUGCCAGCAACCUUCUACGACGCCACGGUCAUCACCCGGAAACUUGGAUACCGAUAUCUUUGGAUCGAUUCUCUGUGCAUUAUUCAGAACUCGGCGGAAGAUUGGGAAGCCGAGAGUCAGAAUAUGGGAAAUAUCUAUAUGAAUGCUUCCUUGACGAUUGCAGCUGCCGGUGCGAAGGACAGUGACGGUGGAAUGUUAAGAGAUGACUACAGAGUCGAGGAUAUGGGUGCUCAGUUGGGUCAGCCAGCACAAUGGUUCCUUCAAGAUCGAAGGGUCUUGAACCUCUAUCAAUUUGCAGAAGCGAAACCUAAGCAUACACCCGUCAGCGAAGCCGAGGACAACAACACGAGGGUUAAGUCGACUUCGGGCCACUUGAAAAUUCAUGAAGGAGAACGAAGCGAGAUCGUGUCCCUAGAACCGUGGUUUUCGUUCUCCGAUAAAGAAGAAAACUGGUACCGAUGCACGGUUGUAGGACCUUUGGGGUACCGAGGUUGGUGUCUCCAAGAACGCCUACUUUCUCAUCGAAUACUGUACUACGGUGUUCGUCAGAUUUACUGGCAGUGUGCAUCGUCUCGCCAAGCAGCAGAUGGGGAGAUACUUCCAAUGUCAGCAAGGACUUCGUUUCGUAGCGUGGGCUCCGAGGCUACUGAAUCGCCAGAUUUACUGGGACUGAAAAGGCUUCAUGGACCAUAUAACCUCGACAGUUCCUCCAUCGAGACGAGGAAGAAGAUUAGGACCAAAAUUUACAGGACUUGGCAUAGCAUAAUCUUUGCGUAUGUAAAUCGUCGUCUCACAAAGCAGACCGAUAAGCUGCCGGCUCUGAUGGGAAUGGCGAGAAUCAUACACGAGCUCACCGGCGACACCUAUGUUGCGGGUUUCUGGCGCAGGAACCUUUUGGUAAGUCUCAUUUGGACUCAUACGGCGUCAUCCAUAAGAGAGUAUGAUCUUCCACGGAUUUCGGAGUCGUAUUAUAUACAAAGGCCCCAAUGGGAGCAAGAAAAGGCGUGGCUUGAAGGCCCAUCAUGGAGCUGGGCGUCCGCAGAUUUUGUCGAUAGGAUAGAUUUCUGGGCCGACCGGGAUGAGGAGUAUGCGAUGAGAGUCUGGACAGAACAAGAUGCAGAGAUUCUAGAAGUUGAGACGGACUGCGUUGGGCUGAGUGAUUUUGGCAGUGUAAGAUCUGGACGGUUAACGAUUCGCGGCUUCACGUAUCCGAGAUGGGACGUUCGUACCUCCGGGUGGGACCCAAUGGACUUUCUUAGCAGUUGGAAUUUCGGAUUCUGUCCUCAAAGUCCUUGGAAUAGAGUCAAGGAUGACAUGUCUAGGGCGGAUCUUGUUCUUUGGGAUUACUGGCCUCGACAAAAACUCUCUUCAACCACAAGAAUGCUGCUCCACACCUGUCUCUGGCUCAUCUGUCUCUUCAAACCGGUAUUCUGGCAUGGGUUAUAUUACAGUGGAUCCGGUCCAAAGCCGGAGAAACCAAGCUGUCAUGCUUGCAUGAAGUACUUGUGCGUCCAUGUUCUGUCCCUCAUGGACAGAAAUCCGAGUGACGCCGUCAGAUUCAAAUCUGGCAAGACGGUAUAUGAGGUGACGCUCUGGUCACUGAUCCUUGAGCCUGUGGCUGGAAAAGAAGAGACUUAUCGACGAAUUGGAAUUGCGGGAAAGAUUGUAUAUGUGUCUGAAGAAGAGUAUCGGCGGUUGAGUAGUUUUGACGUAGGGGAGAAAGAGGUUCCAAAGCUGUUCCCGACUUGGAAAUUAAAGACUAUGACGAUCAUUUAAUAACAAGUCUGGAAAGCAAGGCGUGGCUUUGAGAACUUAAGAAUGGCAUGCUUUUGAUAACCACAAAAUCAUCGAUGACUCCUGAAAGGCGGCAGCAGAAGUCCACCAACUUGAUGUAAUUCCAUCUACAGGCAGUUUCAGUUAAUUUGUGAAGGAGAGAACCACGAAAAAAUUUAC